AUGAAAUACACGGAGCAGCUCGACAUCUUUGUCCAGCGCCUUAAAGACUCCGGCCAGGACUACAAGGAGGCCCAGUCCGUGCUCCUGGAGCUCUUGGACAUGAUUGAGGCCUUCAAUGGAGCUGCCGAGUACGAGUACUUCUUGAAGAACAUGGUACCUAUUUUCCUUAAAAUCCUCGACGAGGUGCCAAUUGCCUUUGAUAGCAGCAGCCCAGAACAUAAACUUCGUAACCUGGUGCUCGAAAUCAUCCACAGAUCCAUCAUGACAGACACGUUCCAGCCGUUUUCCAAGCUGAUUUUGGAGACUCUUACACGAAGCUUGGAGAAUGAAAACGAGGAUAACGGUGUUUUGUGUAUGAAGAUUAUCACCAGUUUGCACAAGGCGUACAAGACCACUUUGGCUGAUAGAGUGGAGCCUUUUGUGGAGAUUAUUGGUAAGGUGUAUGAUAACAUGGAACAGACCGUCAAGGAGGUGUUCAGCGAGAACCAGCCUUCUAUAGAUAAGACAGACGAGACUGAUCUUUCCAAGGAAAUGUCUCCCUCGGCUUCGUUGGGCGAGGAGAAUCCUAAACCGCUACGCAAGGCCAUGUAUUCGUUCAAGACAUUGGCUGAAUGCCCCAUCACCAUGGUUUCGCUUUUUUCUUCAUAUAGCACGUUGAUCCAGUCGUCGCUUCCAGUGUUCUUGCCUAAGAUCAUUAAUAUCCUAUUGCUCCAGGUCGAGCAGCAGAAGGAGUUCAGAGAGGAACACCUCAAGACAGCGUCAACCGUUACGGCCAUCCUGCCUGAAAUCACUAAUAGACAAGCCUAUUCCGAAUACAUCUUGGGCCAGGUCAAGGCGGCCUCUUUCCUCGCUUACGUCUUUAUCAGAGGCUACGCUAACCAGUACCUUUCCCAGAACCAGGCCAAGGUUGUACCAGAUGUGAUUCUUAGGCUCUUGCAAGACUGUCCUGCUGAACUUUCAGUUGCAAGAAAAGAGCUUCUCCAUGCCACCCGUCAUAUUUUGUCCACUUCGUUCCGUACACAGUUUAUUCCUAAGAUCGAGCUUUUGUUCGACGAGAAAGUGCUUAUUGGUCAUGGCUUAACUUCCUUCGAGACUCUCCGACCUUUGGCUUAUUCUACCGUGGCUGAUUUCAUCCACAAUGUCCGUAAUGAAUUGACUCCGAAGCAAAUUUGGUCUACCGUUCAGAUAUACUGUGACCUUUUGAAGGAUGAUUCUUUGGCCUUGACAGUCCAAAUCAUGAGUGCUAAGUUGCUUUUGAACUUGGUCGAGAGAAUCAUGAAGUUGCCUAAUAAGCUUGAAGGAAGACAGCUAUUUAUGAUCAUUAUAGAUUCCUACGCCAAACGUUUCCACAGCCUCAACAACAAAUACGCUUACAUCUUGAGACGCCACAACAAAUUCGAAGAAAGAAGAAAGCUCAAGGAGGUGGAGACAAAGAAGGCUGUGGAGAGAUACUGUUCCAAAAAAGACAAUCCAGAAGGUGUUACCAACGAAGAGCCCAAGGCUGAAAAUGGAACUGCUCAUGCAUCUGAAGGAGACGACGCAAAAAUGGACAUUGACGUUGUUGACGGACCCACAGAAGCAGAGGAAGUAGAGGAAACCGAAUUGGGAGACAUGUUCAGCGUUGAAGAACUUUCUCCAAUCUCCCUUACAUCGCCCAACCAGAGUUCAGACCUUCUCAAAGACGCUCGUUAUUUGUUUAGAACACUCAUGACUUUCCUCAAGUCUGUCAUCUUCGGUUUGAAGAACUGCAACCCUCCUGUUCCUCCUCAGCCAACACAGCAAGAUCCUAACAAGCCUGGCCAGGUUGUCAAUUACGACAAAUGGAAUGAAUCUGCCAAGUUGACCUCCAACGAGGAAAUCAAUAUUCUCAGAAGCUUGUUCCGUGGCGGUAUCAGCUGUCUCCGUUUCUUCUCUGUGACCAAGCCCAAGACGGCUAACCAGCCCCAAGCAUUCGACUUCUCCACUGGUGGACCAAAUCUUCCAAUCACAUCUUCGAAAGAAGAAAAGGAUUUGAUGGAAAUCUUCGCUACGAUCUUCAUUCACAUUGAUCCGGCAUCAUUUAAUGAGAUCGUGAGUGCUGAGUUGCCUUUCAUGUUUGAUUCCAUGCUUCAAAAUGCUGCUUUACUUCAUCUUCCACAGUUUUUCCUUUGCAGUGAGAUCACUUCAGCCAACUUUUCGGGUAUUCUUAUUUCGUUCCUUCGCUCGAAACUCGAUCAGCUUGAUAAAGUUGACUAUGUCAAAUCUAAUAUUCUCAUUAGACUUUUCAAGCUCUGCUUCAUGUCAGUCAAUCUUUUCCCAACAGCCAACGAAAGCGUCAUUCUCCCGCAUUUGAAUCACUUGAUUUUGGAAUCAUUGAGGUUAGCUACCAGAACCGAUGAGCCUAUCUUAUACUCUUAUUUGAUCAGGACAUUGUUCAGAAGUAUCAACGGUGGAAGAUUCGAAAACUUAUACAAGGAAAUCAUGCCAAUCUUGCCAGUAUUGCUUGAGAGUCUCAACAAGUUGAUUGUCAACUCCAGAAGACCAUUUGAAAGAGAUAUCUACGUCGAGUUAUGUUUGAAUGUUCCAGUCAGAGUGUCUGUUUUGUUUCCACAUUUGAAUUACUUGACGACUCCUUUGGUCUACGCUCUUAAUGGUAACCAGGAGCUCAUUGGUCAAGGUUUAAGGACAUUUGAGCUUUGCGUUGAUAACUUGACAGCUGAGUAUUUCGAUCCAAUGAUUGCUCCAGUUAUUGAUGACAUCAUGACCGCUUUAUGGAAGCAUCUUGAACCAGUUCCAUAUCAUCACCAGCAUUCGCAUACUGCUAUCCGUAUCCUUGGUAAGUUGGGUGGCAGAAACCACAAGCAUUUGAAGCCAUGCAACUCUUUGAAGCCACAGUCCGAUCUUGAUCAGGAAGUCAAGGCAUUGUUUACCAUUCACGGUUUCAACGGUAAAGUCCCUGUAUCCGUCACUCCUGGUGUCGAAUCUGCCAUUAAGUUGCUUGAAGAUACCAGACUUAAAGUUCAUUACAGGGUCAGUGCAUUCAGCUACCUUUCCAGCAUUCUCAAGCUUUUCAUUGAUACCACUCCAAUUCCAAAGGAUUAUGGUUCUUACAUUCAGGAGCUGGUUGAACUUUUGAAGCAGGAGGAGCUUUCAGAAUACCCAGAACUUGACCCAUCUGACAUCAAGGACGCUGGAAAGUUGGACAGGCAGCAGAAGCUCUUUUCAAGACUUUUAGAGACUUUGUUCUUCUCCCUUUCUAUUCCAGAGCUCAAGGACGAAGCUAGCCAGCUUAUUGAUGACAUAACCACGCAUUUCUCCCUUAUUCAUCUCGGAACUACUAUAAUAUCCAAGAUCAAGAAGGACAGACCAUUUUCGGUGAACGACCAAGAGGGUAAGGCAUACAUCAGCGAAACCGUUUUCUUCAACGCCUUGAACUAUGCAUUGAGCUUCUGGGACAAGGAAGUCAGAGAGAAAGGUAUUGAGAUCAUCAAGAGUCUUUACUCCACCACUGUGACUUUGUUUGGUUCUGACGAAGAUGCUCUUCACUCUCCAUUGUUCCGUACUAUGUUCUACAAGUUCACCCAUUGCUGCUACAGUGAGUUCUACUUUAGCAAGCUUGGCGGUGUCUUGGGUUUGAAGACUAUGUUUGAAGAUUUGAACAUUCCACCAAAAUGGUUCUUCAAGCGCCAGUUUGAGCUUGUUAGGUCCGUCUUUUUCAUUUUGAGAGAUACCCCAGAAACUGCUCCUUACGAGGUAAGACACUUGGCCAAGUCGCUUGUGUUGAACAUUUUGAAAGAAUGCAAUGCUGACUUGUCGAAGGAAACUAUCCAGGAGAAGCCAUUCCAGACUUUGGUUGGUGCUUUGGUUUACGAUCUUGCCAGUGCUAUUCCUAUGGUGAGAGAAGUGUCUCAGGAAUCUUUGAAUGUUUUGUCAGAAGCUACUGGUGUCCCUGUGGCUACUAUUAUGGGUCCUUGCAAGCAUCUUUUGUUGACCCCUAUCUUUGGUAAGCCAUUGAGGGCUCUUCCAUUCCCAAUGCAGAUUGGUAACAUCGAUGCCAUCACCUUCUGUUUGAAUUUGGACAAUAGCUUCUUGAGCUUUAAUGAUGAACUCAACAGACUUCUUUUGGAAGCUUUGGCCUUGGUUGACGCUGAGGAUGAAAGUCUUGCGAACGUUCACCGUCUUUACGAGCACAGAACUUCGAAGCAACUUGUGGAGCUUCGUGUCGUCUGUAUUAAGUUGCUUUCAUUGGCUUUGACUAAACCUGGCUUUUCCUUGGGAUCCUUAUCUGAGGCAAGAAUCAGAAUCCUUGGUGUCUUUUUUAAGGCUCUUUGCAACAAGUCAACUGAAAUCAUCAACGCUGCACACCUUGGCCUUAAGGCAAGUCUUGAUGAAAGCGCUAAGCUUCCUAAGGAGUUGUUGCAAAAUGGUCUUCGUCCAAUGCUUAUGAACUUGUCUGACCACAAGAAAUUGACUGUUUCUGGUCUCGAAGCUUUGGCGCGCUUGCUUGAGCUUUUGAUUUCUUACUUCCGUGUUGAAAUUGGUCGUAAGUUGCUCGACCAUUUGAUGGCUUGGGCUCAGAUCAACACUUUGCGUCAAAUUGCUGGCCAAGAUUUGAAGAACAACCAUACCGUGCAAAUAGUGAUGGCUAUCUUGAACAUCUUCCAUCUUUUGCCUGCGAAGGCCUAUACUUUUAUGGAGGAGAUCAUCAACACUUUGCAGUACUUGGAAGGCCAUUUGGACCGUCACCAGGAUUCUCCAUUCAGAUUGCCUGUGCUUAAGUUUUUGAACAGGUUUGCUGACAACUGUUUGGAAUACUACUUGAACAACUUCAAGAACAGAAAGCUCGGAAACAUGUUAGCCUACUUUGCUGGCUGUGAAGAUGGACCAAAGAUUCGUGAGGUUGCGAUUACCAAGAUGGAUGGUAUUAUUGAGGACCUCAAGAAUGAGCAAUCUGAAGAAAUCAAGGUGAUCAAGUUUGCAAACACCGUUGAUCUUGUGGCUUCUAUCGCCAAGUAUGAUAAGGAAUGGUUCAAGGAGCAAGCCCCAUUGUUGGACACUUUAUCUUCUUUGAUGGAAGAGAUCAUCUCAAACAAGGGCCUGUUGCCGCUCGUUUCGAAUAACCACUUCCAAGCAGACCAGGCUAUCAGCAAGUUGCAAAUCACGAUUGUUGAUUUCAUGCAGCACAAACCAGAGGAGACUAGUUUGGUCUUCUACACGGUGAACAGACUUUGCAACUUGGAGCUCAAGGUUCACGAGCAGCUCGAAUUGUUCUUCUUUGAAACGGUUGUGAGAUCAGAGGAUGUUGAACAGAAGAAGACCUAUAUGUUGAGAGCUGUUGAGUUCUUGGCUGAAGACGUGAACUUGAAGGCGAAGAUCUUUUUCAUGAAGAAGGUGUUUGACAGUACUCUUCUCUACGAAAUCAGCAAGUCUGAGAACGCUGACAGCUUAUUCGACGACGAGACCCAGUGGUUGGAUAAGCUCAAUGAAAUUGUCUGGAAGUCUACUCAUGAUAUCACGACCGACAGAACCUCUGGUAAGAUUGACAGCUACAGAUUUGCCCUUCUUGAGAGCACAUCUAUCUUGCUUAAGUGGGCCCCAGAGAAGUUGAGUCAGUACAGAAAGGACAUUGUGAAGUUUAGUUGGAACUACAUCAAACUCGAGGACAAUAUCACCAAGCAGGUCGCUUACGUGACUACUUCUUACUUCAUUGCAGCUUACGAGACUCCUGCUAAGUUGGCUACUCAGGUGUUUGUUGCCUUGUUGAGAGCUCACCAGAACGACUCGAGACACUUGGUCAGACAAGCCCUUGAUAUUCUCGCUCCAGUCAUGUCUUUGCGUAUCGUUGAUAAUGAUCAUCCAAACAGUUGGUUGAAAUGGCCUAGACGUGUUCUUUCCGAGGACGGUUUCAAUGUCACCCAAGUCUUGAACGUGUACCAAUUCAUUGUACAGCAUCCUGACUUGUUCUUCGUUGCAAGAGAGCAUUUCAUCUCCAACAUCAUCACUGCAAUGGGUAAGUUGACCAUCUUGGCCAAUGCUGCUUUAGAGAACCAGGUUCUUGCCAUUGACUUGGCUGAACUUAUCUUGAACUGGGAACACAAGGCUGAUGAGUUGAAACUGCAAGGAAAGCUUACCGAUGGUCUGGAGAUGGACACUGAAGAGAACAUGGAUAAGGACAAUGAAACUGAUUUCACAACAUCGCCUGACUACCAGAUUCCAUUCGGCCAGAGAGAGGCUUGCGUUACCUUUUUGAUCAGAUAUGUCUGUAUCAGUCCUCAAAGAGCUUCUGAGAGUGAACUUGGCCAGAGAGCUUUGGGUAUCUUGUACGACCUUUUGAGUCCUAACCAUUGGCCAGAAGUGUCUGUGAAGACCACCUUCUUCGAGAAGUUCCUUCUUUCCAACGACCUCAACUCUUCGAACCUUUUGGGUUACUGUUUGAAUGCCUUGGAGGUUUUAGGUGUCGUUUUGGAAUGGAAGAAGCCAGACUGGAUUGUCUCAAACCUCGGUUAUUUGCACAAAUUGCUUGAGAAGUGUAUCAAGUCUGAUAACCACGACAUCCAAGAAGUGCUUCAGAGAGUUUUGCGUAUCAUUCUUCAGGCGAUCAACAGCGAAGUCCAGACAGAGCCUGCUGAGGAUGAAGAUUCUGAAGUUAAAACAUUCAUCAAUGAUUUGGUUACCACUGUUUCUGAUGAUUUGGGAGACACCACUUCUCUUGCUGCUGGUGUUACUUUGUCUUGGACGUUGGCCAACUACAAGCCUUCGACGCUUGAUUCGUUGUUGCCCGGUAUUAUGAGAACCUUCAACAAGCUUUGCAAAGAUCAUAUUACUAUUACGCAUCAGGGUGCCCAGUCGUCAUCCAAGGAGGCCAAUAACUCUGCUGAUGAGGCUAAGAUGACAACCAAGUUGUUGGACAAGAUUUUGAACUUGUGUUCUAUGCGUAUCUCCAACUUGGGUGACCAGAGACGUAUCUUCUUGUCGUUGUUAGCGCAGCUUAUUGAAAGAUCUUUGGACAAAGAUACUUUGGAGAAGAUCAUCAAGAUUGAAAAGGCUGCUAUAUUGGCAAAGAUGAUGGUAUUCGAGAUCCGUGGUGAACCAGUGUUGUCUAAGGAGUUCUACCAGAUUAUCGUGGAUAUCUUUGAGGACGAUACUUUUAGCUGCACUGAAUUGACAGUCAGAAUGGAACAGCCAUUCUUGGUGGGUACCCGUUCUUCAGAGGUUUCUAUUCGUCGGAAGCUUAUGUCUAUUUUGAAUCACAGUUUGGAGAAGGACAUCAGCAAGCGUCUUUAUUAUGUUAUUCGUGAACAGAAUUGGGAAUACCUCGCCGACUACACUUGGCUCAACCAGGCCUUGCAAUUGCUCUUUGGCGCUUUUGACUUCAACGAUAAGCUCGAGUUGAUCUCCGAGGAGAAUAAGUUACCACCUUUGACUGCAUUCCCAUACAAGGAGAAGGAUGAUGAUAAGGAUAUGGAGGUUGAUGGACGCAGCAACUUGGACGAAUUGUUUGAAAAGCACAACAAGUUCUUGGAGGGAAUCUCUGAUAUUCGUUCCGGUGCUAUCCUUGAGCCAAUGAUUGAUUUGUUCUACCAGAGCAGUGAAACUGUCCACCAGGUUUGGUCUACCAUCUUCCCAAUUGCUUUCUCGUCGAUCCCUCGUUCUGAUCACUUGGACUUCACGAGAUCAUUGGUCAUUUUGUUGUCUAAGGACUACCAUACUCGUCAAGUUGAUGUCAGACCAAAUGUUAUCCAGUCUUUGUUGGAAGGUGUUGCUAGAUGCGAGUCUCUUCAAUUGCCUCCAUUUGCUGUUGAGUGUCUUGCUUCGAACUUCAAUGCUUGGUCCCAGGGUAUUCACAUCCUUGAAAAUAUUGAACACCAGUCCGUCAAUGGUAAUGCCGAUGUCCGUGAAGUGACCCAGGAUGCUCUUGCCAAACUUUACUCUACCCUUAAGGAAGACGACAUGUUCUACGGGUUGUGGAGAAGAAGAGCCAAGUACUCUGAGACAAUCUCUGCCUUAUCAUAUGAACAGAUUGGUCUUUGGGACAAGGCUCAGCAGCUUUACGAGACAGCUCAGAUUAGAGCCCGCAGUGGUGCUUUGCCCUAUGGACAAUCAGAAUACUCUCUUUGGGAAGACCACUGGAUUUUGUGCGCUGAGAAGUUGCAACACUGGGAUAUUCUUACAGAGUUGGCCAAGCACGAGGGCUUCAGUGACCUUCUUUUGGAGUGUGGUUGGAGAGUUGCCGAUUGGAAUGCUGAUAGAGAUACCUUGGAACAGACAGUUAAGAGUGUGAUGGACGUUCCUACGCCUAGAAGACAAGUCUUUGAAACUUUCCUUUGCUUGCAAGGAUAUGGUCAAGAAAAGGCUACAUUGCCAGAACUUUCCAAGUUGUGCGAUGAAGGUAUCCAAUUGGCUUUGAGAAAAUGGCACGGUUUACCACAGAGAUUCAUGGGAGCUCACAUUCCUUUGCUCCAUACUUUCCAACAAUAUGUGGAGUUCAUGGAGGCCAGUCAGGUGUACUCGAGUCUUGUGUCUACUAAUGCUCAGAACUUGGACGUCAAGUCCCAGGAGCUUAAGCGUGUUUUGCAAGUGUGGAGAGAAAGACUUCCAAACAUUUGGGACGAUAUCAACAUUUGGAACGAUUUGGUUACCUGGCGUCAACACGCCUUCCAGGUGAUCAACAAGGUGUACAUGCCAUUCAUUCCUAUCUUGCAGCAGAACAAUUCUGAUGGUAAUGCCAAUUCUUACGCUUACAGAGGAUUCCAUGAAAUCGCUUGGGUUAUUAACCGUUUCGCUCAUGUUGCUAGAAAGCACAAUAUGUCUGAGGUUUGUAUCAACCAGUUGACCAAGAUCUACCAGCUUCCUAACAUUGAAAUUCAAGAGGCUUUCUUGAAGUUGAAGGAGCAAGUCAAGUGUCACUACCAGAACCCUAACGAGCUCAAUACCGGUCUUGAUGUGAUCAGAAACACCAACUUGGUCUACUUUGCUACCCAGCAGAAGGCUGAAUUCUUCACUUUGAAGGGUAUGUUCUUGAGCAAGCUUAACCAUAAGGAUGAGGCCAACAAGGCGUUCGCUACUUCGGUUCAAAUCGAUCUCAACUUACCUAAGGCCUGGUCUGAAUGGGGUGUUUUCAAUGACAAGAGAUUUAAGGAGAACCCAACUGACUUGGUUUACGCUAACAAUGCCAUCAGUUGUUACUUGCAAGCUGCUGGUCUUUACAAGAACGGUAAGACAAGAAAGUUGCUUGCCAGAAUCCUUUGGCUCAUUAGUUUGGAUGAUAGUUCUGGCACUUUGGCACAGGCAUUUGAGAACUUCAGAGGAGAAGUCCCAGUUUGGUACUGGAUUACCUUUAUUCCUCAACUCCUUUCGUCUUUGUCAUACAAGGAAGCCAAGUUGGUGCGCCAGAUUCUCAUUCGUAUUGCAAAGAGUUUCCCACAAGCCUUACACUUCCAGCUCAGGACCACCAAGGAGGACUUUGCCGCCAAACAACGCCAAUUUGUUGAGCUUCACCGCCAGAAGAGUGCCAACUCGGCGUCGCCUUCUAAUGCAACUGGUGAUCCACCAUCUGACGAAAAGGAGAAGCUGGUUGAAGACAGUAAGGAUGCAGAGGAGAAGAAUGACGCUGAUAAAGAGAAGAAGAAGGAUGAAAGCGCUGAUGUCAAGGACGAGAAGAAUGAUGAUACUGCUGUCAAAUCUGAAGAUGCCAUGCAAGAAGACAAUGCAAACGGUGAAGAGCAAGGCUCUCCAAAGAACAAUGGUGGCUCGCCAGAUGCCUCCUCGAAGUUGCCUCCAGCAGCUGGUGCUCUCAGACGUUCCUGGGAAUAUGUGGAAGAGAUCAUGGGUAUUUUGAAGACAGCUUACCCAUUGUUGGCUCUUUCAUUGGAGUCUUUGGUUGACCAGAUUAACCAGCGCUUCAAGUGUACUGCUGACGAGGACGCUUAUAGACUUGGAGUUGCUUUGCUUAACGAUGGUGUUCAGUACCUUAACCGUCUUGGUAACCCAAGAGAAGACGCCAAGUUGCCGCCAGUCACUGAAGUCAAUAUUACGAGAUUCGCUGAGACGGUUCUUCCUAAACAGAUCCGUGCUGAAUUUGAAAAGGACUUGGUUAUUGGUAAGCCAAACUUGGAGACUUACAUCAUCAAGUUGAGAAGAUGGAGAGACCGUUUGGAGGACAAGUUGGACAGAAGAUUCACCGAGGUCAACCUUGAAAACUUGUGCCCACACUUGAGUGAGUUCCAUCACCAGAAAUUCGAGGACAUUGAGGUUCCAGGCCAGUACUUAUUGAACAAGGACAACAACAGCCACUUCGUUAAGAUUGAAAGGUUCUUGCCUACCAUCGAUUUGGCUCGUGGAACGAAUGCCUGCUACAAGAGAUUGAAGAUUCGUGGUCACGAUGGAAGUCUCCAUGCUUUCGCUGUGCAAUUCCCUGCUGCUAGACACUGUCGCCGUGAAGAAUGCUUGUUCCAGCUUUUCAGAAUCUUUGACGACUCUUUGUCCAAGAAGGUGGAAACCAGACGUCGUAACAUUCUGUUCACGCUUCCUAUUGCCGUGCCCCUUUCUCCUCAUAUCCGUAUUAUCAAUGAUGAUUCGAGAGAUAUCAGCAUGCAAAAGGUUUAUGAAGAUUUCUGCUUCAAGGAGGGCAAGAACCGUGACGAGCCAUUCAUUUACACUAUUGAGAAGUUGCGUGCCGCUUUCGACCCAAGGUUGCCUAAGCCAGAUAUCAUGAGCAUUAGAGUUGAGAUCUUGAGUGCUAUCCAGUCUCUCUUGGUUCCAUCUACCGUGUUGAAGAACUACUUCUUGAACCUUUAUCCUAACUUUGAGGACUUCUGGUUAUUCAGAAAGCAGUUCACAUCGCAGUAUGCUUCGUUUAUCUUCACCACUUACAUGAUGUGUGUUAACACCAGACAACCACAGAAGAUUCACGUUAACCGUGGCUCUGGUAGCGUCUGGACCUCGGAUAUGUUGCCAUGCAAGAUCGCCAGCAAGAAUGCUUCAUUGGACUCUUCCAACGGCAGCCGCCCAACGCCUUUGUUCUACAAUGCUGAAAUGGUGCCGUUCAGAUUGACGCCAAACAUCCAGAAGUUGAUUGGAAAGUCUGGCCUCGAAGGUAUUCUUUCCGUGUAUGUGCUUGUUAUUGCCAGGGCUCUUACAGAACCUAAGUCUGAUUUGGACCAGUACUUGACCUUGUUCGUUCGUGAUGAAGUCAUCUCCUGGUGCACUCAGCAAGACCCACCUAGAGCAGUUCCUCAAGACAACCAGCUUCGUGAGAUCGUCAUGCUCAACGUCGAGCUCAUCAUCAAGAGAGUCUUAUCGAUGGCCCACGGCUCUUCGGCCUCUAACGUGAGCACUCAAAGCGUCUUGGAGCUUAUUGCCCAAGCCGUGAACCCACAUAACCUUGCCGCUGCCGACACUUUGUGGAUGGCAUACUUCUAG